AAUGGGUAGUAGGCUUUGCAAAGGGCAAUAUCAAUAGAUUCCCCCCCUCUCUCUCAAUCAAGAGUUCAAGACAGAGGAAAAAGAAAGAAAAACACCUGACCCACGAAAGCAGUUGCCCAAACAUUCACACUCUUGUUUGUUCCCAGGGAAAUGUUACAUUCCAUUCUUCUUUUGCCCCUACAACCUUUCAACUUCUAGUUUUCCCAUCUUAUAUUUUCUUCCCCGUAGCCUCUGCAAAUCUCAUGUUCAUGCCCAUGCUCCUGUUUAUGUUCUUUCUGGCACCUGUGUCCUAGUCUUUGUUGUCUUCCUUUGUCUCUAUGGACACGAGGCUUCUGUCAGGUAUUGUAUUCCUCACAAAUUUCUUGAUUUUGACCUUCAUUUCCAAAAGAUUACUAUAAAAGAACCCCAAACUGCCAAAGAUUGAACUUCACUGUCCCAACUUCCCUUCUUUUUCUACCGAAGUUUGACCGGUAAGUAAAGUUUUAUCCAUAGCAUUAAUACCCACACCAAAAAAAAAGGAAGGAGAGAAAGUCUGGGUCUAGGUUAUUCUUGAUUUAUGUUGCUUUGGCCAUUUCUAUAUUGGGAAGGUUAGGUUUCUUGAAAUUAAACGCUAAAAAUGGAAUCUUUGAGGUUGUUUUGUGUUGUGUUACUUGGGUUAGUAGCAAUGUCUGCCGAUUCCCUAAAAGACCAUACCAUACUGCUAUCAAUUGGGAAAGAGCUAGCAAUACCAUGGUGGGAAUCCAACGGCCCAGAUUUCUGCUCUUGGAAAGGCAUUGGAUGCAGCUCAAACCAAUCAUCGGUGGAGAUUCUUGAUCUUUCUGACUCAAGGUUACAAGGUAACAUUUCUUUAAUAUCCGAGCUCAAAGCAUUGAAGUGGCUGGACCUUUCUGGUAAUAACUUCCAUGGAUCAAUCCCACCUUCUUUCGGUAGCUUACCUCAUCUUGAAUUUCUUGACUUGUCGUUCAAUAAUUUUGAGAAUUCCAUCCCUAAAGAACUCGGUAGCCUCAGACACCUUAAAACACUGAACAUCUCCAACAACAUGCUCUCUGGAUCACUACCUGAUGAACUUAAGGGGCUAGGUGGUCUUUCAGAUCUUCAAAUAUGGGCUAAUAAGUUGAACGGUUCUAUACCUAUGUGGGUUGGGAAUUUGACCAGCUUGAGAGUCUUCGCUGCGUAUGAGAACCAAUUUACUGGUCCCAUUCCAGAAAACUUAGGCUUAAAUUCUUUGCUAAUGUCUUUAAACCUUCACUCAAACCAUAUUCAAGGGAUGAUUCCAGAUUCUCUCUUUGCAAUGGGGAAACUAGAGGCUUUGGUUCUCACCCAGAAUCGGUUGGUUGGAAACAUACCUGAAUCGAUCGGUAAGUGCAAAGGCCUAUCGAGCGUUAGGAUCGGGUAUAACCAACUUGUAGGAUUGGUUCCCAAAUCGGUCGGUGACAUCGUCAGCCUUACUUACUUUGAAGUGGACAACAACAAUCUCUCUGGGGAGAUCCUCCCAGAGUUUGCGCAGUGCACUAACCUCACUCUCCUCAAUUUGGCCUCAAACGGAUUCACCGGAACUAUACCUCAAGAGUUUGGGAAACUCACCAACCUCCAAGAGUUGAUUCUUUCAGGAAAUGCCCUUUACGGUGAAAUCCUGACAGGGGCAAAGAAUCUGAACAAGCUGGACUUGAGCAAUAACCGAUUCAACGAAACCAUACCACAAGACAUAUGCAAAACUUCGAGAUUGCAAUAUCUACUGCUGAGUCAGAACUCAAUAAGAGGAGAGAUACCAAAUGGUAUAGGGAAUUGCGUGAAGUUACUUGAAUUGCAAAUGGGGAGAAAUUACCUUUCUGGAAACAUCCCUCCUGAGAUAGGUCAUAUGAAGAGCUUGCAAAUUUCUUUGAAUUUAAGCCACAACCAUCUCCAUGGAGAGUUGCCCUGGGAAUUAGGAAAACUGGACAAGUUAGUUUCUUUGGAUGUGUCAAACAAUCAGAUCUCAGGGAACAUUCCAGCGGAACUGAAGGGCAUGUUAAGUUUGAUAGAUGUCAAUUUUUCAAACAAUCGGUUAACCGGACCAAUUCCAAUUUUCGUGCCACUCCAGAAAAGCUCAAACACAAGCUUUCUUGGAAACAAAGGCCUCUGUGGCAAUCCUUUGAGCAGUUCAUGUGGAAACGUCAAUGGGUACUACUACAACAAUCAUCAUAGGGUUUCAUACCGGAUCAUAUUGGUGGUUAUCGGUUCCGGUUUGGCAGUUUUCUUAUCUGUGGCUAUAGUUGUUGUGUUAUUUAUGAUAAGGGAGAGAGAAGAAAAGGUUGGAAAAUCAGAGGGGGGUGAAAAAAUAUGUAGUAAGCCAGUGAUGGUUGCCGGGAACAUUUUCGUUGAGAAUCUCAAGCAAGCUAUAGAUUUCGAUGAGGUUGUGAGAGCAUCUGUGAAAGAUUCAAAUAAGGUUAGUGUUAGUACAUUUAGUACUGUGUUCAGAGCGGAUAUGCCUUCCGGUUUGAUUUUAUCCGUUAAGAGGCUAAAGUCAAUGGACAAAACGGUUUUACAAUACCAAAGCAAGAUAAUCCGCGAGCUUGAGAAACUGAGCAAGCUCUGCCAUGAAAAUCUGUUGAGACCUGUUGGGUUCGCCAUCUAUGAAGAUAACGUUCUUCUCUUGCACCAAUACUUCCCAAACGGGACUUUGGCGCAGUUUCUUCAUGAGUAUGUAAGGGGACCUGAAGAACUUAAAUCUGAGUGGCCAAGAAGACUGUCUAUUGCUAUUGGGGUGGCAGAAGGGUUGGCUUUCCUUCAUCAUGUGGCAAUUAUUCACCUGGAUAUUUCUUCUGGGAAUGUGGUUUUGGAUUCAAAUUUCAGGGCUUUGGUUGGUGAAGUUGAAAUCUCUCGGCUUCUUGACCCUUCCAGGGGAACUGCAAGCAUCAGUGCUGUUGCUGGAUCAUUUGGUUAUAUUCCUCCAGAAUAUGCAUACACAAUGCAAGUAACAGUACCCGGGAACGUGUACAGUUUUGGGGUGGUCUUGCUUGAGAUACUGACAGCUAGACUGCCCGUUGAUGAAGCAUUUGGGGAAGGAAUGGAUUUAGUGAAAUGGGUCCACGGUGCAUCUGCUAGAGGUGAAACACCAGAGCAGAUUCUGGAUGCCACACUUAGUACCGUUUCUUUUGGUUGGAGGAAAGAAAUGCUAGCAGCAUUGAAGGUUGCAUUAGUCUGUACAGACACCACACCUGCAAAACGGCCCAAGAUGAAGAAGGUGGUUGAAAUGCUUAGAGAAAUCACAGAGAUUUGAUGGAAAGAAAUAAUUUAUAUUAUUAUGCGUUGAUUCUUAAUCCCAUGGGGGAUUUCCUGAAUUGCCCAAUGUGGGGGUUAUUAUGAGACAAUGGUGGAAGAAAAAAAGUUGCUCAUCUCAAUUGUGAAGCAAAGUUAUGAAUGUGAAUAUGUAAUGGUGUAGCUUUUCUUCCAUGAUUGUGAGUUAUCUCUUCUCCAUGUUUCCUUAGCCAUUAGGCUUCUUGUUGAGGUACAAAUGAAGUUAUGAGAAAGUAAAACCUCAUCAUAAAAUUGAGUGGUAAGAAUAAAGUUAGCUCAUGCGAUCAUAUAAGGAGUCAUAUGUUACUAUUUUUGUAGGCAUAGUCACGAUGAAAUGUGUGAACAUUGGC